UCGGUGCGUGCGUGUGGACUUGGUGUGCUUUGAGGAAGGAGGGAAGUACUGGAGAUCCUGUUCAGUUGUCACGCACGGGGUGUGUAGGUUGCCACGAGGAGGCAUGAUUGUGAACGGUCUCUCCCUGUGCUACAGCAACAAACUCAUCUUGGCCCCCAUGGUUCGGGUCGGGACUCUGCCGAUGAGGCUGCUGGCCCUGGACUAUGGCGCAGACAUCGUAUAUUGUGAGGAGCUGAUUGACCUCAAGAUGCUUCAGUGCAAGAGAGUUGUGAAUGAGGUGCUCAGCACCAUUGACUUUGUUGCCCCCGAUGAACGCGUGGUCUUCCGAACCUGUGAGCGAGAGCAGAGCAAGGUCGUCUUCCAAAUGGGAACGUCGGACGCGGAGCGUGCCCUAGCAGUGGCCCGGCUUGUAGAAAAUGAUGUGGCUGGUAUUGAUGUCAAUAUGGGCUGUCCAAAAGAAUAUUCCACUAAGGGAGGAAUGGGAGCUGCUCUGCUGUCUGACCCUGACAAGAUUGAGAAGAUCCUCAGCACUCUGGUUAAGGGAACAUGCAGGCCAGUGACCUGUAAGAUCCGCAUCCUGCCCACGCUGGAAGAAACCCUGAGACUGGUGAAGCGGAUAGAGAGGACAGGCAUUGCUGCCAUCACGGUCCACGGGAGGAAGCGGGAGGAGCGACCUCAGCACCCCGUCAGCUGUGAAACCAUCAGAGCCAUUGCCAAGAGCCUGUCCAUCCCUGUCAUUGCCAAUGGCGGAUCUCAUGACCACAUCCAAGAGUAUUCGGACAUAGAGGACUUCCGCCAGGCCACGGCUGCAUCCUCAGUGAUGGUGGCCCGAGCAGCCAUGUGGAACCCAUCCAUCUUUCUCCCAGAGGGGCUGCGACCCCUGGAAGAGGUCAUGGAGAAGUACCUCAGAUAUGCGGUGCAGUAUGACAACCACUACACCAACACCAAGUACUGCCUGUGCCAGAUGCUACGAGAACAGCUGGAGUCACCCCAGGGAAAGUUGCUCCAUGCCUCCCAGUCUGCCCAGGAAAUCUGUGAGACCUUUGGCCUGGGUGCCUUUUAUGAGAAGACUAUAAGAGAGCAGGAUGCUCGGCGGGUUGAGCUCCGGGCUCAGACCCCUGAGGAGGCUGUUGAGCCAGCUGAAGAUAACCUUGGUGUUAUUAAGAUGGCUGUCAAGUUUGACAGAAGGGCAUAUCCACCCCAGAUCACCCCCAAGAUGUGCCUGCUGGAGUGGUGUCGGAGGGAGAAGUUGGCACAGCCCGUGUAUGAAACAACUCAGCGCCCCCUGGAUCGCCUCUUCUGCUCCAUUGUGACAGUCGCUGAGCAAAAAUACCAGUCCACCUUGUGGGAUAAAUCCAAGAAACUGGCGGAGCAGGCUGCAGCCAUCGUCUGUCUUCGGAGCCACGGCCUCCCUGAGGGUCGGCUGGGUGAGGAGAACCCUUCUUUGCAUAAGCGCAAGCGGGAGACUCCUGACCAAGACCUGGAGGACCCCAAAACCCAGGAGCCAGCCUUGCCCAGGGAGAUAUGCAAGAAGCCUUUUGUGACCUUGGGGAGUGGUGACAAAAGCCCUCUGGAAGGCCGGUGACCAUGGCCUCUCUCUGGUCACCCCUGCAGGGGACUGUAGUGUGGAAAUGAACCAGAUGCCAUAGGACAACUUGCUGGCCCUGCCUGGCACAAGUUAUGGGGUCCUGACGUGGGCCCUCCACUGGAGCUUGAACCAAGGGGGUCCCAGGGUGCCCAUCUCCCUCAGGUGGGCUGGAAACCAAGUCACAUGCUCAGCAACCUCAGUAUUUUCUUUGCAAACAGCGUUUCAAGUGUCACCUCCCCAACCUGACAUUGGUACAGUGCAAUAAAGACCCCACCCCCCAAUGCUAGGCUGAGCGGAGCUAGCCUUGGUCAGCGCCCCACAGAGACCUGU